AUGCGACCACCAAUCGCAUUGAACGGAAUUCUUCAUUCAGAAUUUUUUAUGACAAAAGUCCGAAAUAAACAUGCUACUUUUAUCCGACGACAACAUGGACAAGGCAGUUCUGGUGCUGGAGUUAAUGUGAACUUCGGUCUCAAUGGAGGACGAAGCUCGAGCGGAGGCAACGCUGGUUCCUCGGCUGGUUUAUCAAACACUGGUGCUAAUGUAAAUAUUGGACGUGGUGCUCAAGGAGGAGCUGGAAAUGUUGGUGUUAAUGUUGGUAUCUCCGGAGGACGAGGCUCAGCUGGAGCACGAGGAAGUUCAGAUUCCACAAGCUCUGGUAACUUUAAUAAUUUCCGAAACGAACAAGAUCAAUCUCGAUCAUCAGGCUCUGGUUUCCAUGAUAAUAAUCAAGCUUCACGAGGUUAUGAUAAUUCUGGUUCUUCUUUCAAUAAUCAAAAUGACCGAUACAAUCGACAAUCUGGUCUUGGAGGUGGUGCUGUCUCCGUCGAUAGAUAUGGAAAUGGUCAAAAAGGCUCUUCAGGAAGUGUCAAUAUUGGUUUAGGAUCAGGUUCUGGCUCUAACUCUGGUUCUGGUUCUGGUUCAGGUAGAGGAAACAGCGGAUCAGGUAUUGGCUUCGGUCUCAGUCUUGGUCUUGGAGGACAAGGAGGCUCUUCCAGUGGUAUUAGUCUUGGUGGUGGACAAAGUGGAUCACGAGGACAAACUCAAGUUGGUACUAACUCAGGAUCUGGUUCACAAGGAGGAUCAAACAAUGGAGCUCAAAGUGGUUCUAAUGCCGGUUCGAAUGCUGGUGGAAACAGUGGAUUAAAUAUCGGAAUUGGUGGACAAAGAGGUGGACAAGGAAAUAGUAACUCAGGAGCUAAUUCUGGUUUUGAAUUUGGUAUCGGCAGCUUGAGUAAUGCAGGCCGAGGUGGUUCAGGUAUCGGUCAAGGAAGCUCAGGAGGAGUUCAAUUCCCUGGUGGACAAGGAGGUGGCAGCUUGAGCAAUGCAGGCCGUGGUGGUUCAAGUAUCGGUGAAGGAAGCUCAGGUGGAGUUAUCAUCGGCGGUGGACAAGGUUCAAACAAUGGAAACGCUGGUGCUGGCGCUUCAAGCGGAUCUCAAGGAGGUUCAAGUGGAAUUAACCUUCCCGGUGGACAAGGAGGUUAUCGACCAGGAAAUGGUGGACGAGGUGGUUCAGGUAUCGGUCAAGGAAGCUCCGGUGGAGUUAUCAUCGGUGGUGGACAAGGUAUUGGACAAGGAAGCUCAGGUGGAAUUACCCUUCCCGGUGGACAAGGAGGUUAUCGACCAGAAAACGGAGGCCAAGGCGGUUCAGGUAUCGGUCAAGGAAGCUCCGGUGGAGUUAUCAUCGGUGGUAACGGUAAUGGUGAAGGUCAAGGAAACGGAGGAUCUGGAAUCAGUAUCGGACAAGGAAGCUCAGGUGGAAUUACCCUUCCCGGUGGACAAGGAGGUUACCGACCAGAAAAUAGUGGACGAGGUGGUUCAGGUAUUGGUGAAGGAAGCUCAGGUGGAGUUAUCCUCGGCGGUGGACAAGGUUCAAACAAUGGAAACGCUGGUGCUGGCGCUUCAAGCGGAUCUCAAGGAGGAAAUGCUGGAGCUAAUGUUGGUAUUAGUGGAGGUCGAGGCUCAGCUGGAUCACGUGGUAGCUCAGAAUCCACAAAAUCUGGUAACCUCAACGCUUACCAAAACGAUUUGGACAAAUCUCGAUCAGCAGGCGCUGGUUUCUACGAUAACAACCAAGCUUCACGAGGUUUCGACAAUUCUGGUUCAAAUUUCAACAACGAAAAUGACCGAUUCAAUAAACAAUACAACUUCGGUAGUGGUUCAGAAUCUGGAUCAUCUGAUCGAUCAUCCGGUGCUAAUUUCCACAAUGCUGGGUUCGAUAAUAAUGCCGCACAAAAAGGAGGUUUCAAUUUCGAAAAUGAUCAACUUCGAGCUUCUCAAUCUGGUCUUAACGCUGGUUUCUUUGAUCAGUCCAGAAAUAAUGCCGAUUCUUUUGCAAACUUAUACUAAACCCGAUAAAUUGAUCAUCUCAUAAACUGUGUUCUAAUGAUUAACACUAAAUUUGAUGUUAUUUUAUUUACUUUGAAUGAAUUUGAUUCGAAUUAAAAAUCAUAAUUAAAACCAACUAA